AGCAAACAGAAUCGACAAACGAAUGAAAAAAGAAAAAGAAAAUUAUAAUUUGAAAAUGUUGACCAAAAAUUUGAUAAAAAUUUUAUUAUUUUCAUUGUUUUUGGUUGUAAAUAAUUUUUUUUCAAUUCAAAUCGAAUCAAUAAAAAUUUUAACAUCUAAACAUAGAAUACCGACUAUUAUUAUCCAUAUCGAUACAAAUGGUCAUAAUAGUCUUGAUAAUCAUAAUCAGGAUAAGGAAAUUUUAUCGAAUAAUAAUGUUCGAAAUAAUUUGAGUCAUGAUGAUAUUCGACAUUCGAAAUCGAUUCUCGUUCGUUUACAUUAUCAUUAUCAUCAUGGAAAUGAUCAAAAUAAUGAUGAUGAAAAUUAUCAGCUAAGAUUGGUUAAUCGAUCCGCAACUGAUCAUAAUCAUCGAUAUCGUAUUAUUCAUGUACGAAGAUUAAAUCUGUCCGAUUCAAUUUUACAUUCAUCGAAUAAUCAAUCAAAAUCAUUCGAAAUUAUUGAAUCAAAAUUGGCCACAAUCGUUGAUGAUGAUCCAUCGAUACGAAUGAUUCGAUUUCGGACAAUGAAUAAAACCAAUAUAACGAAUCAAAUCUAUACUAGUCCGGAUCGUUCUACAUUUUUAUUGGUUACCAUCGAUAAGAAUAAUGAAUCAAUGAUUCGUAUAUAUGGUUUAAUCGAUAGUCAGAUGAUGAUAUUACCAUUACAAAAUCAAUCAAUUCGAAAUAAUUUUCAUCGUAUUAUCAAUGAUGAAUAUCAUAAUGAAUGGUUACGAUCAUUGUUUGAAAAUUAUUCGAACAUUCAUUUGAAAAACCAUCAUCAUCAAUUCAUGCAAAAAAAUCAUAUUUAUCCAGAAAUAACAUUAUUGAUUGAUUAUCAUAUUCAUCGAAUGGCACAUGAAUAUAAUGAUAUUGAUUUAACAUGGCGUUAUGGUGUUAUGUUUGUACAGAUGUUACAAUCAUUAUUGUUCGAAACGAUUGAUGAUUCCAAUUUUCAAAUUCAUUUACAUUUGAAACAAAUUCUUGUAGCCGAACAACCAUGGUCAUUUCAAUUGAUACGACCAAAAUUAACCGGAUCUUUAUUGAAUCGAAACAAAACAGACAAUUUAGUAAAUGCAAUGAAUGCUUUACAAAAAUUUGGUCAAUGGAUUUACAAUCACAGCGAUAAUGUACAAAGUGAUUUAAUUUUAAUUUUAACCGGUGAUGAUCUUUGUCUUGAUAAUAAUGAUGAUGAUAAUAAUCAAAACAAUCGUACCAAACAUUUAUAUGAAUCAUGUUCAUAUUCAUCGGUAAAAGGACAGGCAAUAGUUGGUGGUGCAUGUCUUCAUCAUCAUCAUAAUAAUCGUUCAUUAAAUCUGGCUAUUGUUGAAGAUUAUGGCCUUAAAAUGGAUGGUCUACAUGCAAUGGCACAUGAAUUAGGUCAUCUAUUGGGCGCUGUGCAUGAUGGUGAAUGGCCAAUAUCAACGAUUGCCGGUCCCGGAGGUACAAAUUGUCGUGAUAAAUUAUCAUCCAUAAUGAAUAUUGAUCAUUCAACAAUUAAACAAUACAAUCAAUGGUCCAAAUGUACAUUGGAACAAUUUGAACAUUUUUUCUCUCAACCACAAUCCAUAUGUCUUUUUAAUGAACCACAUUCCAAUCAAUGAUUGAAAAUUGAAAUGAAAUCAAAAUUUAUUUUUUAUUUGUUCAAAUCAAAAUAAUAAAGAAUCUAAUUAAAUAAUACUGGUUUUUUUCAGGCAAACAACAACA